CUCCUCACCACCACCACACAACCAUCUAUCUAUUCCAUCCAGCACGUUCUUUUUAAACCCCUUUUAUGCACUCAUCGUGUCACCCAGCCCCCUCUACCUCGAACUAUGCCCGCCACAUCCUUUUUGGAUGCCCCCAUUCCCCCGCAACUCGAUCUGGCCGCGGCACCCUCCCAGCUCUUCCAGGUUCCGCCCACCCCGUCGGCGUCACACGCGCUCUAUCGAUCCAUCAUACCCGCUCGCAAGAGAUCUCGCCCUGAGGUCGAAACCCGGCACUGGCGUGACAACUCCGUCCCCAGUCGCAUCCCUAUCCUAGUUGCCCCGGACGAUCUUCCCGGGGCGGAGAUCUCCGCAGACUUUGAUUACCGGCCCAGUCGCUAUCGCAACCCCCCGCGUCCCCGCCCUCUCGACGACAGCGUGGAGUCGCUCGGCGAUGCGACGGGGAUCCGUCGCAAACGCAGUCGUCGGGACCCGUCUCUGAUCGAUGCGUCACCCGUUGGAGUUGAGGAAAAGAUCACCACGACCACAACCACGACUACCACCCUCUACCCGCAGCCAGCUGCUCCUGUAAGAUGGAGCCAGACUGUGCUGGGCGUUGUCGGUAAAGUCUGGGACUUUUGCUGGGGGGGCGCCUUCCGGGGGUUCUAUGCGGGGGGCGGACAGGGCUAUACUAUGACCGCAGAGGAAGCUUCUGUCCAGCUACCCUCCACCGAAAAGGAGACUGUCCAUUUCACCCCGACCCUGCACCCUCAUAAGGAGGGCCCCACCACCCCUUUGCCAGGCCAGUACCCGGAAGAAGAAGAUUUGAAUCGUAGCUGGGUGAUGGUUUCCCACCGAGAGGAAUUUGAUGAGUCUAGCCCGUCCAACCGCCGGCGACUUCAUCCACGUCGCAGCCCCCACGCCCACUCGCACGGACACACCCGUCGACGACCUCAGGGCAAGCGGACGCUGAUGUCGAACGCUUCGUCUAUCCCAACCAAAUCACAGUUUUCCUCGCCUGCCAAGCCACGCGAGUCCCCCGUGUCCGUGGAAACUCAAAGAUACAUGGCUCAGAAACGUCGCAUGGAGCGCGAGGAGGACGCCAGCCUGCGCCGGCUGAACCGCCAGCUGCAGUCGAUGAUCAAAGAGGGAAAGCAGGCGCUGGGGACGCGCGUGGAGGUGGACGACCUGGAAAUGGAGGAUUAAGAGGAUCGGUUUCCUUUUCUCUGCUCGUUUAACUCGACCUGGAUACCCCUCGUUGGACCUGACCUAAUGACCACAUCACUUAACCUACCUUACUUUACGAUUGGCGACGCUCGUUACGACUACACGACUACCCCCAUCACCCACGAGUGAUGACUGAUAAUGACCCGGCACGCACACGGCCUGCACGCAUGUUACGAUAUUGUUAUAGUUAGCCUACUGAAUCCAGAAUUAUGAUCAGACUUUUCCCUAAAGAAUAACAGAAAAAGUGCAGUGCAUCCAUCCAUAAUUCAUUCAUCAUACACAACAAAAAACCCUACCCGAGCUAGAGAGAG